ACGAUUCUCUUUCUCUCUUAUGCGCAGUCAUGGCGGUAAGUACCGUGCUCAUUCUCCAGCCUGUCAUCCAUUGCUCCUAUCCCUCAACCCAGAAAUGGCCAUUUCAACCAACCCUUUCACUCUCGUCAAUCCGAACGAACUCUACCUCAUUAGGUUUUCUUCUUCGGAGACAGCCGUGUUUGUCCUCUCCUUCCUCACAACAUAACUCUAGCUCUUCCAAGGAAGACCCUACGGAGGCUUAUCGAGAUGAGCCUCAUGCGGAAAAGUCUGUCGGCUACCCCCUGCUCGGCUCCAUCUCGGGCCUUCUUGCUCGAAUCAGGUUUGAUGAUGUUGGGUUGGAGAUACUUUCAAUUGCUUUGCCGGCUGCGCUGGCUUUGGCUGCCGAUCCAAUUUCUUCUCUCGUGGAUACUGCCUUCGUUGGCCACUUAGGUUCAAUUGAGCUUGCGGCAGUUGGAGUUUCUGUUUCAGUAUUCAAUCUGGUUUCUAAAUUGCUCAAUGUUCCUCUACUUAACGUCACAACAUCCUUCGUCGCAGAACAGGAAGCAUUAUACAGUUAUGAGGGAAGCAAUAUGCAGAGGCCUGAAGAGUUGAUGUGCAGCAAGAAGUAUCUCCCAGCAGUGUCAACAUCAUUGUCUUUGGCUGCUGGCAUUGGGAUUUUGGAAGCUCUAGCAUUGGCAUUGGGUUCUGGGCUUCUAAUGAAUAUCAUGGGUAUUCCCUUUGAUUCACCUAUGCGUGCACCAGCUGAGCAAUUUCUAACUUUUAGAGCUUAUGGUGCUCCACCUUUGGUUAUAGCACUUGCGGCACAAGGCACAUUCCGGGGUUUCAUGGAUACAACAACACCAUUAUAUGCUGUAGCUAUUGGAAACUUACUGAAUGUAGCUUUGGACGUUGUGUUACUUUUUUAUCUUGGUCUAGGCGUUGGGGGUGCUGCCAUAGCCACUGUAGUUUCAGAGUAUGUCAUCGCAUUUAUCCUUCUUUGGAAGCUAAAUGAGAAAGUAAUUCUUAUUCCUCCUAACGUGGGUGUUGGUGUUGCUCGCUAUCUCACCUCUGGUAUUCUCUUGAUUGCAAGAACAGUUGCUGUUCUAAUGACCAUGACAUUGGCGACGUCAAUGGCUGCAAAAGAAGGCCCGAUCCCCAUGGCCGGUCAUCAAAUAUGCUUGCAAGUUACUUUGGCAAUAUCCCUCCUGAAUGAUGCUUUGGCUCUUGCUGGACAGGCUCUGCUCGCAAGUGAAUACACCAAGGCCAAUUAUAAACAGGCUCGUAUUGUAAUUUAUAGAUCUUUACAGAUUGGAGCUAUAUCAGGGGUCAUGUUAGCUCUUUUCUUAUUCUUUUCGUUUGAGGCGUUUUCUAGUGUAUUCACCAAUGAUCCAGCCGUCCUGAAUAUCGCUCACUCCGGAAUUUGGUUUGUAACUUUAUCGCAGCCAAUAAAUGGCCUUGCUUUCGUGUUUGACGGGCUCUAUUAUGGUGUCUCGGACUUUGAAUACGCAGCAUAUUCAAUGGUGCUUGUGGGAUUGUUUUCUUCUGUUUUCCUGCUUAUCGUUUCUCCCACUUCUGGCCUUUUUGGAGUUUGGACUGGGUUGUUUCUGUUCAUGUUUCUGAGAACUGCUGCUGGAUUCUGGAGACUAGGAAGCAAAUCAGGCCCUUGGAAAUUGAUUUGGUCUGAAGAGAAUACCAAACUCAAUCAAGCAACAGGAGAAUGAAAUCCUUCAACAAUGUUAAUUUCUUGUUGGAAGAGAAUAUUUCUUCACCUCAGGAUAAUCCAAGGCUUCUAAUUAUGAACUAUUAUGGUGGAAGACCAAAUUCAUGAUUACUUACUCUGUUUUUACCAUGACAACCAUUUCAGGUAAACAGUGUCAGUGGGAGAAAUAAUUAAUGAUUGGGAGUAAGUCAAUGACCAGAAAGUAUUCGUUGAUGCAUAUAAAUUAGUGUAAAGCAAUGUC